CUAUGCGGCUCCACCCGUCAGGGAUCUACGUUUCCAGAAACCACGUCCACCGCAGAAAUGGGCCGGCAUUCGCGAUGCAACCGAAUAUGGACCGGCCUGUAUGUCGAACUCGUCGACGACCACUAGCCCACAGAAAUGGAUUGACGAGGACUGUCUGCACGUUAACAUCUUCGCUGGUGUGGAUUGCUUAGUGAGUGAAAAGGCAUGUCCUGUCGUGUUUUACAUCCACGGUGGCGGCUUCAACUACGACUCAGCAGUCAUGUUCAAUGAUGAAUUUCUUAUUAAUAAUUUCGGCGGAAAUGAUGUUGUUCUGGUGAUUCCUGGAGUACGACUAGGAUUUUUUGGUCUCCUGAAUUUUGGCGACGAAGAUGUCGUGCCAACGAAUAUAGCCGCAUACGACCUCAUAGCCGCGUUGCAGUUUGUGCAAAAAGAUAUCAAACUUUUCGGUGGAAAUCCUGACGACGUCACUUUAUUCGGACAUUCACAAGGAGCGACGACUGUUGCUCAGUUCAUAUUCUCAAAGGAAAUCGAUCCUAGUAGAAAGCUGAAGGAAAAUGUUCAGGUUUACCUCUACUCUUACCGAAAUCCUCGUCGCCCCUAUCAUGUUGAUGAUCUGUCGUAUAUCAUGGGCAUACAUCCUUUCGACUAUGACGAAAACGACAAAGUACUAGCCGUUGUCUAUCCACAAUUUUUUAUCGACUUCAUAAAAACCGCAAAACCUCGUGAGGGUACGUUUCCUUUUUGCUAUGUGAAUUUUUUAUACAGUGAAUGUCGGCCAACAACCACGAGUGUUGUGAGCAUUCCCAGAUACAUUCCUAUGAAAGUGCAACCACAGUUUUCAUGUGCAUCUGUGCAUGAGUCUUGA